UGUAGCUAUCAGUUUGAAAUGUUAGGCGUGGUAAUAAGGAGAUGCUAAUAAAGGGAGCCGGACGAGAGGAGUUCCUGGUAUCUGUGGGCCUCUCCAAGCAAGACUUUAAGUUAAGGAUGUUAACAGGGGUGUAAUUUAGCCAGAUCCUGGAGAAAAUGUCCCAAAGUAAACAACGGUGCCCAAAACGGAGAGCCAGAGCAAAAUUUUUGAGGAAGAGAACUAUCCGUCAACCUCGGCAUUCAAGUGCACCCAUACUGAAGCCUCCGGUUUCGCCCUGCAUUCAGAGUAGGCCCGUUUGCUCCCAGCCCUCAGGUUUUCUGAGCGUAACAGGAGUGGCGAAACCUUUGUUGACUGCUGCAUUGUAUCUGUAUGGGUGGUGCCAGAAAAGCGUUGCACUGUUUUUUCGAAUCAUCAAGAAUGUGGCCUUUCCGUCGUACGCUUGUCUGCAGGAACUGAACGUGCUCAAGGAGCGGCUGGAAAAGCUGGAAACAGAAUUUGCCCGGCUACAGUCCACAGUUCAGAAAGGGACUGCAGCUCCUUCCUCGGAAAAGCCGUCUUCUCAAAGCUCCGAGAACCCGGCAUUGGCUCUUCCCUCGCAUGUGCAACUUGCCCUCGUGGGGCCGGGAUCGUCGCCUCCACAGCCGCCAGUGCCUCCUACCGCACCGCCCCCUCCUCCGCCCCCACCCCUCCCUCCACCGCGACCCCCACCGGCACCUCUUUGCCUCAAAAGGACUGGCGGCGCUAAGACACAGGCAGACUCGCUAAAAACAGACGCGCCCGUGCAAAUAACACUCCAGGAUCUACUAAAUGUCAAACUCAAGAAGACGCAAAGUGGCAUGGGGGUAGAUAAGAAGGGAUCGCCGUUCGAGAAGCACAAGGCGUUGAUUACUCUCUCGGAUUUGCAGAGCGUCAACCUGAAGUCCAAAGUGCCACGGCCGCCUGCUCAUAUUAUUAAUCACUUAAUCACUCCUGGCAGAAGUGGCUUAAAUUUCCGAAAACACCUGAAAAAGGUCGCUAUUGAGAGGAGCCCAGGCGGAACCCCAAUAACCAACAAAGAGAAUGUUGAGACGGGUACGGGGCUGACGCCAAUCAUGACCCAGGCUCUGCGGCGCAAGUUUCAGCUGGCUCACCCGAAGAGUCCCUCUCCAGCACGGUUACCGACCGGAAGCAGCUUUGAGGAGCACAAUUAG